ACCUUAGGGUAUUCUUUUCUCGUGCCCUCAGUGAAUGUAAUACUGAAAAAAUACGGAACUGAACACUUAACACGGUUUCUUGUUAAAGAGGAGCUCGUCAGCUUUCAGACAUGGAUAAAUUUAAAAUUUUGCUCACCUUCGCGCAGAAACAACAAACCAACUUAGGUUUUGGCUUGAUCGCUCUUUUAACUGCGGGUAGCGAGCACAUCUUCUCGGUUUUCGCUUUUAAGUGUCCUUGCAAUGACUGGAGUUUCGUUUAUGGCAACGUCUGCCUCCUCGUGCCCGCACUCGCGCUGCUCAUCCUAGGUUACAUGAUGAGCAAUAAAACGUGGAAAUUAUUCACAGGACUGUGCCUUAGGAGGUCUAAACUGUGUCGUUUUAGAUACGCGUUUGGUUUUUUGUGUGUUUUUCUGCAAAUUACCACGACCGCAAUGAUCGCACCUCUGAGCUGGAUAGCAGUUGCGUUACUCCGAGGGGUUUACUUCGAGUGUUUGAUGACUGGUGCCAAUAUUACACUGUUUAGACGUCCCCUUUGUAAUGAAAAGUUACCUCACUGUUGGAAGGAGUUGGAGAAGUUUCCGUGUGAUGGGACCUCCAUACCACAGAGCGAGAGAACGGCUGUCCUUUCCAAUAUACGCGCAGAGUCGCAGGUACUUGGUUGGAUGCUGAUAGCAUCUGUCAUGAUGUUCACCUUUCUGCUCACAUGCCUGGCCAGAUGCUAUUCUCCAAUCAGCUACAUGCAGCUGAAGUUUUGGAGGGUGUAUUCCCAGAAGGAGAAUGAUUAUUUGGACAUCUAUACAGCUCAGCAUGCCGAAAAGCUUGCCAAAAGAAACUUGACAUGUUUCUUUGAGUUAACCAAACCCGUUCCUAUGAAGAGUCCUCCCAAAAAAGCCUGGGAGAAGAUUUCCUCCUUAUACAAGUAUAGAAGCAUGGAUGAAUACUACAGCAUCCUUCACAAGUAUGUGUACAAUUGUGAUGACCUUGAAAAUCCAAAAGCAAGGGCUUCGGUCAGGUCUGAAAAUGAGUUCUCAAGUCCUGCAGCUCUUGCAUUUCUGGACGAUGGCAAAUUGGCCCUGUGAUCGACUAAAGAGCAAAUCUGAUUUAGAAGUGGUCCUUUGAAUGACAACCUGGCUCCUCUACCGUGUCAUUUUGGUCAACAAAACUUUCUUUUUUUCCUUUAAAUUAUGUAGAUUUUUUGUCGAUGUACCAUUUUGUAGAUUUUUAUUGAUUGAUUUUUUUUUUUUUUACAAAUAACACAAACUGUUCUCACUUGCUUGGCAUGUAUUGUAAAAAAUGUCUUCAAUAUCUCCAAGAACAAAUACUAUUCUUACCAAAAGCACUUUGUCCAUUUUUACUGUAACCACAGCAAACAAGCAAGUUUGACUUUUUACCAGUGUGGUUCUAGUAGGCUAUUAUAUUUCAACAUACAACAGUUUAUGCCUUUCUAUUGAAUUAUGCAACCUUGGAAUUAUAAUAAACUUGCAAAAACCCCACUGCUAAAAGCUCACUUCCUAAAGGCUCACAACUAAAUCAAUAUUUUUCCAUUAGACAUUAACAUGAAAGCUUAUCCAUGUGGCCGGAGCAAGAUGAGCAGAACAGAAAGUGUCUACUCAUACAUAAAACAAAACACUUCCCGUGUCUAAUAUUAUGUUCCAAUGAACAUCAUUGUUAUACAUAACACGCAAGUCUUGUGAAGAUGUUGAGAUAACGCCACCAGCUAUGAAAUUAACAUUCCAAUGCCACCAAUCUCGAAAUUCUAACAUUCUAAUAAUAAAAGGCACAUUGUCAUUUCAACAGGGAAG